AUGACUGCAGAGAUGCUAGAAGCUUGUAUUUGCUUUGCUGAGUGGGAGGAGGAAUUCGAGAGAAUCUACUAUCAGCGCCGUGUCGAUCGAAUUCACUUUGUUCGUCCCUGUGUUCAUCUUGCAAACCAUCUAGCUGCAGAGGGGACUUGUGUUGGCGCUCCAUGUUGUUCAUCUCAAUGGACUCUCGAGCGAACUAUUGGUGACAUUGAAUUUGACUUGCGUCAACCCUCCAACGCUAUGUCAAACUUCACGGAGAUAUGUGUAAUGAGGUGUCGAGUUAAUGCUCUGAAGGCGAUGCUCCCACAAUUUGACACUCGCAACACGCUGCAUCCAUGGGGAUCUUUUGAUGUCGGCAAUGGUUAUGUACUUCUGCGAGCGCGCAACCGGAAACCUAUACAUAUGCAUGCUGCUGAAGCCGCCAUCAUCUCAAAUUUCCUUGGGCAUCCUGCACCUCCGAUCAGAUGCUGGUCACGACUCUGCCUCCCACAUGGUCAGAUUGCUCGUUCGGCAUGGAAAGAAAACGAGUCAUCUGCUGAGUAUAUACGAAUUUCACACAAUGUCAAGUUCCGUCGCAACGAUGUUGAUGAGUUUGCUGAAGUCUUGUACUUCACGCAAUUAGCUGUUCAAGCUGUUGCCAACGAGGACGAGGACGAGGACGAGGACGAGGAUGAUGAUGAUGAUGAUGAUGAUGAUGAUGAUGAUGAUGAUGAUGAUGAUGAUGAUGAUGAUGAUGAUGAUGAUGAUGAUGAUGAUGAUGAUGAUGAUGAUGAUGAUGAUGAUGAUGAUGAUGAUGAUGAUGAUGAUGAUGAUGAAGAAGGAUUCAACCACAAUAACAAGAUACCCAAACUCACAUGGGCCAAUGUUGCUAUGGUAUCUGUUUAUUCUCGCCCUGACCAGCAGCUCCUUGACUUAUCACAUGGAACCGUGUGGUCAUGUACACAUGAUGGUGACGAAAAUCUCCAACUUAUUGAUGUCCAAACCAUCACCGCUGUUGUUGCAAUGAUUCCCCAUCGUCCCACUUUACCAUCUGGCGUCACGGAAGAUAGGUAUUUCAUGGUUGAGAAGACUGGGCUUGAUGUCACACUAACAGGAGUCGAGGUCGAAGAGGAUGAUCAAGAGGAACAGGAUGAUUAA